CAUUGGACAAACGAGAUGUCAGUACAACAGACAGCAGCACGUCGGACAGACAGAGAGCGGGAGCGGUACGACAUGCAUAGCAAAUAACGAGGCAACAAAUUGGUAGACCGUCCAUGAUCCAGAGGACUCUCGUACCGCCGUCGAAAUCGAAGCUCUUGAAGAGGAACGCAGAAAGCGUCAAGGGUUCAGGAACGAUGACUAUAACGCUUCAACGCACAUCCAGCUCGAGUCCAGACGCCGCCUCCACUACUCCUCACGAAGGCCCCGAUCUUGCAGGCCGCCGCGCAUGCCAGGAGUGAGAAACAGGGCCAGGCGGAUGACAUGGCGACCUGGACUGAGGUUGCCCCCAACCCCCAAGCCGCCCGGCCAUAACCGCCAACCCGUGCCCCCACAUACCCGACUCCGAUGAAGAACGCCCCGAGGGACGCCUCGUACGGGGAGCUUGCCACACAGUCCACGGUUCGAAAGGGAGAGAGCCGCCGAACUAUAUACCCAUGGCGGAAGUAAAGGGAGGUGGCAGUGCGCCCACAGGGGUUUGUUUACUGAAUGUUUGUUGAAUUUCGCGACGCGUGGGUGCUUGUUUGGCAGUGGCGCGUG